AUGACGCCAGUUAUCCACCUCAAGCAAGGCCUGGUGAAACAGCCAUGGCGUUUUAGAAAGCCUGUGGAAUACCCUCAAGUAACUGGAUCGGAUCAUUGGAGACGAAAAAUGCGCACCUUAUUUAGGGCCUUCGACAUAAACAGUGAUGGUUACUUGACAAUAGAAGAUGUAGAGAUGAGCGCCAGGCGGAGUUCAGAGUUCAUGAAGCUUGAUGACGAAAACACUAAAAUUAUUCUUGACCAACGCCUUACCCACUGGAGAGAUUCAAUUUCUAGAGAUUCGACAGGAUGGAAAACAAGUAAGUUAUCCGAGGGUCAGUUCGUGGAGAAUCAGCUCGUCAACAUGAACGACAAUCAUUUCCGAGAAAGUUUCUUUGAUACCCUUUGUUCAAGAUUUCAAAUGAUGGAUCUUAACGGUGAUGGACUUAUUUCUCCAGAUGAACAUGCUGCUAUUUUCUUCAGUUUCAACGUCCCUACUGAGCACUCAAAGAAAAUAUUCGACAUCAUAGACAGCGACAGUGACGGCUUCAUUACACAAGAAAAGUUCAUUCGCGCAAUCGCUGAAUUCUGUUUUACGGAAAAUCCUGACAACGAAUACAACGAGUUCUACGGUCCGCUCGCUGACAAUGAAAAUUGA